GUUCAGGGCAUGCAGCUCGAAAAAUAUUUACUCUUUAUAAUAAAGGCAUUUUAUGGAGGUGUUGAAUAGACUCAAAAGUCAUUAGUCACUUUAUUUUGUUCACUUAUUUUAUUGUAUUUAUGAUCUAAAAUGUAUUUAAUAAUUAAAUGUUCUUUUUGCUAAGUUUAUUAGAGCUUUUUUUUUAAAUCUAUUUUACUGUAUCUCAUUCUCAGCUUUCUCACUUGAUUUGUCCCUUUUUAUUUUUGCUCAUCAGUCAUCUGAAUGAACUACACUAACCUGUACGUAAUGUUCUGUACAGAUAAAGCUUGAUUGAUUGAUUGAUUGAUUGAUUGAUUGAUUGCACAAACGGUAUCUGUCCACAUACUUUUGGCCAUGUAGUUACGCCUGCAGUUACUCUGCCGUGCACUGGAUGGCGCUAUUAGUGACAUCCCACUGGUCCAACACGGAAAUCCACUCGUCAGAAACACAGGUUGCACUUCACUAGUUCCGCAGAAGCAAAUCGGCCAAUGCAGUCCCCCUCUACAGUCAAUAUCGAUCAGUGAUCAGCCGUGCGGCUGGAUUAUCGCCUGUGAUCCGGCGGCCUGCCUCAGCACCGACCAGCGUGACCCCGGUUCAUCAGUAGACAUGUGCAGGGUGCGGAUGUGCUGAGACCCCGGGACCAAGCUCACCUGCUUGUUUGUGUCAGGGUGGAGGUGAUGGAGAACAUCGAGGAGCCUUCGCCCCUCCGGAUCACACCUACCGUCCGGGCGCUGAGCUCCGCACUGCGGGGGAAGCCAGAGAAUGUCCCCGACUCGAGCCGCGGACACGGCGACAGGAUCUUCCCCGAGCAGGACAAGCUUUGGUUCAAGGAGAGCAGCGCGAAAAACCUUCGGAACCGGGACUUUCUGUCGCCGACCACGAUGCUCAACACGCUGUAUGCGGACGGACAGGUCCCUCCAGCAGUGAUGUCCAGGGUCCUGUCCCUCCGGGGCAGCGGGGUUCUGCCUGUGGCCGGUGGGGAGGUGAUGGGUGAGGGUCUGAGGGUGAGGGUGGACCGGGCUGCAUCCUUCAGGGCCGUUCUGGCGGGUGGAGCAACAGAGUACCUGAAGCCCCCGAGUCAGAGGCAGGGCUGUGUGGUGAUCAACUGCCCCGCGCUGCACCCUAAACCCAACACACCCACCCCUGAGACGCUGACUCUGGGCCAGCUGAGGACGGUUCUGUUGGCUGACCACAUGGGGGCGCUGCUGAGAGGACAGGGAUUUACAGUCUCCUACUGCCCCACCCUUCCCGAAGACAGCGACAUCAUCGCCUUUCUCCAGGCUCUGGGCAUCGAUUGGCCGACAGCUCCUGCCAACUGGACCAACGAGGAGCGGGAGGAGAAGAUCCAGGAGGCGCUGGAGAACUGCCCAUACAGAGAGCGGGAAACGGAGAGAGGCAGGAGGACGAGCGGAGGGGGAGGGAGGAAGGUGGAGGAGGGGGAGAACGAGGGAGUGCUCAGGGUCAACCUGAAACGAGUAUUCCAGGAGGAGGGGUUGCUGGGAUACGACCCCAGCCUUGGUACCUGCACAGUUCACAGGGACAGUGUUUCACACCUGGCACAGCUGGACCUGACCACAGCCGACUGCACAGUUGCCGUGGCAACAGCGUUACAUGUGACUUCCUGUCAGGAUGAGUUCCGCCAGCAGCAGAUAGCAAUGCUGUGGAGAGCCAGUGGAGCGACACACACACAGAGACAUCUGGUGUGUGGGCCGGUGAAGACUCCUGGUUGUCACCUCACUGCUGCUCAGUACCUGCAGCUGAGAAGAGGACAGAUGAAGGAGGCGUCAGAGAUGAAGUACGGAGAUCAAGUAGAAGGUCAGACAUGGGAUGACAUCAUCAGGGUCAUGACCUCUGCCACUGUCAGAUUUGAACUGCUGUCGACAGUCCACACUAGUCCUGUGACACUGGACGUCCAGAGGGAAGGGGGUGUGUCCACCAAAGGGCCGAGGGGAGGAGUGUUUGUGAUGUACAACUGCGCUAGACUCCACACUCUGUUUGACAGCUACGAGAGAGGAGUGGAGAAGGGUCUGUACCCAGAAAUCCCUGAGUGCUCCCAGCUGGACUUCUCUGCUCUGAAAGAGGAGGGCGAGUGGCUCCUCCUGUUCAAUUACCUCAUUCCCUUCUCCGAGCUGCUGGACCAAUCGGGACAAGUGUUGGACGGAGAAGGGGGAGGAGCCAGAGUCAACAUUAAGACUGAACAGAUCUGUAAGUUUCUGGUGUCUCUCAGUAAAGACUUCAGCUCCUACUACAACAGAGUCCACGUGCUCGGGGAGCCGUUGCCUCAUCUCUUCAACCAGAUGUUUUGUCGUCUGUAUCUGUUGAGAGCGUUGAGAGAGCUCUACCACAGCGCUCUGGACACCCUCAACCUCCCCCCCAUCAGGCAACUAUAGCCUCCUCCUGUGACCACUGUAGCCCUACCUCCCCACCCGCCACACACACACACACACACACUGCACCUGACACAUCACCUUCACCUGUUACAGUAGUUAUUGUUUUACCUGUAGCUCCUGCAGCUCAUUGUGAAUGACUCCUGUAGCUGAUAUACUGUAACUGUGACUCAUCAAUCAUGUGACGUGACACUGGUGAACUCUGACCUCUGCACUUGAUCUGGACUGACUUUAGAAAACGUGAACAUUUUUUACAUCGUUAAAGAAAAAGUUUGAUAUUUUGAAUUCUGCUGAUUUGCAGAUAAUUGUAUUUUCUUGUCAUGUGUAAGAUGAAAGGAUCAAUAUCACUACCACAGAUAACUGAUCAAUAUCUCAUAUCUGUGUGGUUAAAAGUGAAACUAACACGAGCAGCUGCUUAGUUUAGCUUAGCUUAGCACAAAGACUGGAAGUGGGGGGAAACAGCUAGCCUAGCUCAGCACCUCUAAAGCUACUUAAUAUAACAUUGUAUUUUCUGUGUUUAAUCUAUAGACAGUGUUGACAUUUUACAGGAAGUUAAUGGUAAUGAUUUCCUGGAGUCUCCACUGGUUGCCUAGGUAACAAGAUCAGCCCUCCAGCAGCUGUAAAACUCAAUACUUAGCAUCAUAUCUUGUUUGUUGAAUCCUUUCAAAAACUGGAGAGUAAAAAGGAAAGUUUGAUAUCUGAAGCUCUGCUGCUGUAAGCUAACGUGUCACGCUAAGGUGUUAGCAUGUUCUGUUGCAGAUCACAUUUAUAAAAACAAAAAAAGCACAUCUACUGUUCAGUAUUUCUCCUGCUCCAGCAGCACUAUCAUGGUGCUCAUCAGAUGUGGGGAAGCUUGCAGCUUUACAAUCAGUGUUUAUGUGGAUCAGUUGCCAGGCAACCAGCAGAGACACCAGGAAGUUACUGAUCCCAGGCUGGAAAAGUGCUGAUACUUCAGUCAGUAAGACUCACAUGGACGAACACGGUUUGAGACGUUUAACCUCCGUAAAGCAGCAAACUGUUGUUUUUAAACUUGAGUUUUUUCAGAUUAAACCAACAAGAAUCAGUGAGUGAGCUUCAGAGUCUUUAUGCUAAGCUAAAGCUAACGGGCUGAAACAGUAUUUCCCAAAAUGUCAAACGAUUCCUUUGAAUUUGGAUCAGCUGCUGCGGUCAAGAUUUCCCGCCAUUAAUAUAUAUAACAUUUAUUAGCAUAUGUGAUAUAUAUUAAUACAUGUAAUGUAUAUGAAUAAACCAGGCAGCAGGGAAGAGGAACCACUGUCCCAGUCAGUGAAGAUGUAAACCCACAAAACCUUAUGAUUUUGGUGCCAAAAACCCCAACAUUAGUCUGAGUGCCCCCCCCCCCCCCACUGUAGUAAGACCUGUUCCAACUUUCUAAAUUGCCUUAUUAUGAUCUCAACACCCCCCAUAGAAGUGUCUUAGUCACUGCCUGAACAGAAAUCUUCCUUUUUAUGAGGCUUCGUUGUUGUUGUCCAGUUCCAUGUGUUACUCACCUCACAUUAAUCAAUGCCAUACAAAUAUUUAUUGUCAGAUCUGUACAGAAUAUAUAUUCUGCAUAAUGAGUCUUAAUUGCUGUAUUCAUAUGAUUAUUCCUCAGAUGAGUUCUAGUUAUCUUGCUCGACAAAUCACAAAGUUCAGUAUCAAACAUCAGGAUAAACAGCUGUGACAAAACCAGUACAACCAGUACGUUAGCAGCAUUAAGGACCUCGUGCCAAAAUGUUAGGAAAUGCAUGAAACGGCAUGAAAAUAAUAUAUGUGAAGAAUUUUAUGCCAAAAAUGUUAUUUAUAAAUUUAGGGAAGAUAAAGUUGAUCCUUCAGCAUCUCUGAAAUGGGGUCUGUUGCAUUUCAUGGACCUGCUGUCUGUGCAGAUGUGCCAUAACUUGUUUUAACUUUCUGCUUAUGAAGUUAAUGUUUGUUUGUUUUUUUUAAAGAAAUUAUGUCACAUUGAAACAAAAGAGUUUGAAACACAAAGAUCAAAUAUGUUACAGAUUCACUUCUCACUGCAUGAAAUGUUGUUUGUUCCUGAAUUGUCUACAGAUUUUUAAUGGACUUUUAUUUUGACAUUUUGUUGACUAAAGAAAAGGGAAGCAGAUGUUUUACACAUGCUGAUUGAUUUACAGUAAGUGUUGUUAACUGCUGCUGUAAUGACACAGUAUUAAAGCAGGAGAGAUGCAGGACGAGGCCUUUGAUUUUAUUUGACCUGAACAGAUGAACUGUUUGUGUUUUCACCCAUCAGGCCUCAACAUCUCUGACCUUCACUCAUCCCUUGUUCUUUUCUCCUUCCCCUUUUCCGUCCUCGCUCCCGUCUCUCUGUUAAGAGCC